UACCGCACCCACUGGAGGCAGGAGCCUGUAAACUGGAGCAUCCUUGUGUUUGUGUCCGAGUGCCCCACAACAAUAACAACAACAACAACAACCACAAAACACACGCUUUGACGUGGGCAGUUUCAGCAGACAUGGCUCGUGAGAGCAGAGGGAGCCAUUCGUCGACUGACUGGUAGCUUUUAUCCUCCCAACCCCCCGAACCCGCCUCUCUUCCCAGGCUUUUAAAUCAUCACCAUGGCCAAGCAGUACGAUGUGCUCUUCCGACUCCUGCUUCUCGGAGACUCUGGGGUUGGAAAAACAUGUUUGCUAUGCAGAUUCACCGACAAUGAAUUUCACCCGUCUCACAUUUCAACCAUAGGGAUCGACUUCAAAAUGAAGACGCUGUUAAUAGAUGGUAUCAAAGUGCGCAUCCAGAUAUGGGACACUGCAGGCCAGGAACGCUACCAGACCAUCACUAAGCAGUACUACAGGCGAGCGCAGGGAAUUUUCCUGGUUUACGACAUCACAAGCGAGCGCUCCUUCCAACACAUCAUGAAGUGGGCCAGUGACGUGGACGAGUACGCUCCAGAGAAGGUCCAAAAGAUUUUGGUCGGGAACAAGUCGGAUGAAGUGGACAAGAGGCAGGUGGCCACAGAGCAAGGUGUCAAGCUGGCCAGAGCUUAUGGAAUGGAUUUUUUUGAGACAAGUGCCUUCACCAACCAUAACAUAACAGAGACUUUCACACGGCUGGGCGAGCAGGUGCUGGCGGCCAACAAGAAGGACUUAGAUCUUCUGCGGUUGUCUCUGAACGACGAGCUGAACCUGGCCGCUCUGGAGGAGGAGGAGGGACUGUGUGACGGCGGGUCCGCCGACCAAGGGAAAGGUUGCUGGUGUUAAAAGACAGAACACAAAAGUGUUGAACUGCCUCCUUCAGACACAGCGAGAUGAGGGGAGUGUGUGGGGGUGAUGUUUGUUCCUACCUAACGCUUAUCCAUCACCCGUCGGGAAAUUCUAUUAUGGAAAGGCGUUGAAGCAUUUAUUCGAUAUCCCUGAUAGCCACCUUCAGGUCAAUGUACUAGUGCACUCUUUAUCCUCACUAGUGUGACAAUUUGGCGAUACUAGUAAAGCCACUAGGGCGGACUAGUAGAAUGACUGGCUGUUUGGUUCUGACCUGAAGUAACCCUGCCUGGUGUCACAGACGGUGAACUUUAGACACCGGAUUGUCGCCGGUUGAAUUUCAGACAGCGAAUUGUGGCAACUAUUAAAAAUGUGAUCACUUUACAUUUCAAAUUCAAAUCCUGUUUUCUGUGGCAUUUCAAAUUCAAAUCCCGGUGGCACUAAUUUAUUUCCAUACAUAUUUAUCUUUUGUGAUGGCUUGUUUUCAAAUAUAAAUAUAGGUACAUGUUUUAUUCAUCUUGAGCGCAACACAUUUGUAUUGCAUCCUUACCCAAGUACAGGCUAUUUAUUUAUUUACCUACCUAUUUAUUCAUUUAUUUAUUUAUAUUUAUUUUUAAGUGUUGUGUUCAUGUUUAAACGGUGCAUACUGUUAGAGAGGGUUACAAUAAUAUAAAAUAUACAAUAAAGCCCUGCCUUGUUCUUGAUGAACUCUUAGGCCUACUGCACUACUGAAUUUCCGUGUCGGUUAUCAUGGUGGUAACUUGAAGAGGUAGGUUUUUCUUUUAGUUUGUACUUGUAAACAGUUUAAGAACCACUCAGCGAGCACUUUAAUAUUAGUCUUAACAGUACACAGUUUUGCUUCACUAGUGUCAACGUGUCAUUGUUCUUCUUAUCUGUCAAAGUUCUACUAGUGAGGACAAGGAGCGUAUUAGGACAUGAACCUUAAAUUAGAUAUAAAUGGGUGGCACGGUGACGCGUGGUUAGAUCGUUGGCCUCACAGUUCUGAGGACCGGGAGUUCAAAUCCGAGUCCUGCCUGUGUGGAGUUUGCAUGUUCUCCCCGUGCCAAUGUGGGUUUUCUCCAUGUGCCCUGCGAUUGGCUGCCAACCAGUUAAGGGUGUACCCCGCCUCCUGGACGAAGGUAGCUGGGAUAGGCUGCAGCACUCCCGUGACUCUUGUGAGGAUAAGUGACUCAGAAAAUGGAAUGGAUGGAUGAUAUCGAGUAAAUGGUAAGACGUCUUUCCAUACCAUAUACACUGAGGAAAGCUACAUUAUAAAAAAGUGUUUCGAAAUCCUUGAAAAAUUUAUACAAUGUCUCCAAACUUUCUUUUGUUCUUUUCCCCACCAGGGCAAAUGAACAUUGUCCUCACAGUUGCCCAGCGUCCACCUCUUCACUAGUUUUCAGUGAGUGACAUUGGCACUUUUUCAACUGCUUCACGCACGAUUGUACAAAGUUUCCCCAAAAUGUAGUGCGUGCAGUGUACAGACGUUCAGGGACGUUUUUCUUUGGUUGCCGAUCAUGUCAUUUAAUUCAUUCAUUAAUUAAGAGGAAUUGAACAAAUAAUCAGUUUCUUCGCAGCAAAACGGCAGGUACAUCUCUUUCAUUUUAUAGUUUGAAAUUGGUGAUCUGUAAAUGCUGAUGGUUUAAUGACGGUCCGUUGGAAACGGGCACAGCAGGGUUUUCCAAAACGCAAAAUUCACAUAAAAACGAAUUUGACGUGUUAUUACAAUGUAAGUGCACAGAGUUCCACAACGGUGUUUUCCAAGAGCCAAAAUCUCAGUUCGUCCUGGAGACAAGUGAACAGUUUUUGCGCGCAAAUUUGAUUUGAUUGCAACUUCAGUGAAGUUAAAAUUCAGCUGUCUGUGAAUUCAACUCUUAUGAUUCAACCAGAGAUGCCUCUCGGAGACAGAACGAACAUCCACUUUGUGUGCAUCCGUUUCAUAUUCUUAAACGCUACACGAUGACGGGAUAUGAGAGAGCGUGUGUGUGUGUGUAUGCGGUGCUGAAUGACAUUUUGGAUUGUAAACUCCGGAAUCAUAAUACAGAUGUGUUGUUUGGAAAAAAAAAAAAAAACGACAAAAAUAUUUUCUCCCUUCUUUACACUUACUUGAGCAGUAUUUGUGGAAAUAUAUAUUACAUUGUACAAGCAGA